AUUCACUGUAGGCGUACAAUUUAUUGUUGUUGUUGCUGUUUUCAUUGCGUGCAAGGAAAAAGCUACUCUCCCUAGUUCAUUCUUUUGUUUACAGACUACAGACCUUGUUGUUAGAUCUACGGCUACGAGAUGAGACUAUCCCAGGCUAUAAUCGUUGCCGUCUUCAUGGCAGGUUUCACCGUCACGACAGAGGCUCGAACCGAGUGCCGGAUACGUUUAGAGGGAUGUGGAAGACUGAUGUCGGUCCAACUGAUGCCGCACUUCCACUCACGUCAACAAUUCCUCUCCUUUGUCCAAACCAUGUCGAUUAGCUCAGUGUGCAGUACACUGGAAGGCUUCAAUGAAUGCGUUGAAGAGGUUCUCACCACCGUCUGUGCAUCCGAGGAUGUAGACGAAGAAGUGCACAUCUUUACUGGCUUGAUCUCCUAUGCUUGUAGUCCAACGGGUCAGCAAUGCACCUUUGCAAAGAGAACUCUGGAACAUUUCUUGGGACAGUAGAAGAAAGCAAGACGUUUGUGAAAUCGAUAUGUACCAUGACAUGACGGAAUCAGACGCUCGUCAGAUUUGGGACAAAUGGAGUUAUUGGAAUCACUUUGAAGUUGUUUUUUUUUUAAUUUACCUUGCUUCUAAUGAAGAUGCAUUCAUCUGUCUUGAAUAAAAGUUGAGACAUUUGUGAUUAAAGAAGGUAGGGGGUCCCAUGGUUUCCAGGGUAAAAAUUACGAAAAAAUGUCUGCCAAAGUGUGGUGACUUCCGAAGCUUGAGUAUUCCUGGAAACUGCAAACUUUCAUUUUGAUGUGCUUGUGAUCAAUAAAUAUUAUCAAUUUUGUUUCGUCAAAUCCAUAUAAAAAUGUUUUUUGACGUGGACGUUAAAGGUUUUGAUCCAUCCCACCCCCUUUUCGGAAAAAAGAAAGAUUGAUAAAGACUGCAUAUUAAGCUAAAAUGGCCCGCUUUCUUUGAUUUCAUUAUUUUGGCAAGCACCUCGUUUCAUCACGAUGCCACAUACAGAUCAAACUGUUUAAUGUGGUAUGGACUUGUUGAAACUGAAAACAGAAUUAAAAUAAAACUUUCUACACAACUA